GCACCGGGAGAGGCUAUCCUGCUGCCUUCAGUUAGUACUUUUCCCUGGCUUAGAGAAGUAAUGUACCAGUGCUUUGCUGCAAUAUUAAGCAUGCUCUUAAUGUUCAUCCCCUCGAGAAUAGCCGGAGACAUCGCAAGUAAUCCGACAGUUUUCAGUGAAAAUACUGUGCAAACGACUGGAUCUAAUAUGGGAGAGAAUAGCAGUGACGGAGUUGUAGAAGGUGGCGGCACGACCUUCAAUUUAACUAUUAUUCACACCAAUGAUAUUCACUCACGGAUUCUUGAAAGCACAAAGCGUGGCGUGCAGUGCGAUGACAAAGCACGGAACGAGAGCAAGUGCUUCGGUGGAGUAGCGAGAAUUGCUGAAUUGGUGAGGAGCCUGAAGAAUAAAACCCAAAACCCCCUCUUCCUCAACGCAGGGGAUUUCUUCCAAGGCACGCUAUGGUACUCUAUACUGAAAUACAACAUUGUGUCUGCUGUAAUGGCAAACAUGUCAUAUGACACUGUGUGCCUUGGGAAUCAUGAAUUUGAUGACGGACCUGCAGGGUUGGUUCCGUUUUUAUUAAAAAUGCAAGAGGCGAAUGUUACAGUGCUUGGAACUAACCUGGACACUACCAAUGAACCCAUCUUCACAAGGGAAAACCUCACGUUGCCGAAGUCCAUAGUGUACAACAUUUCCGGAACACAAGUAGCCUUACUAGGUGUUGUAACUACAGAGACCAUGACUAUUGCCAAACCGGGUGGCGUUCAGAUACUUACAGAAGCUGACAGCAUUAACAAUGAGACAAACCGUCUUAAACAAAGUGGUGUAAACGUAUUUAUUUUAAUUAGCCACGUUGGAUUUGACGUCGACCAAAUUCUUGCACAACAGUGCCCUGACCUCGAUCUCAUCGUUGGAGGCCAUACUAACACAUUCCUUUAUACUGGCACACCUACUGAGAAAGAUAAACCAGAAGGAGCGUACCCGUACAUAUAUAACCGCACCGGGGGUGGCCGCUGCCUUAUUGUUCAAGAUUAUCGCUUUGGAAAAUACCUCGGAUUUCUCGAACUGGAAAUUAACCGAACUUCUGGAAACAUAACAAAAUGGGCUGGUAACCCAAUAUUGCUUAAUCAGAGUUAUGCGGAAGACGAACACAUCCUUCAGAGCCUGAAGCCCUACAAAGAAAUUGUUGACGCCGCUGUCAAGGAGGUCGUUGGUUCGACUAAGGUACUGCUGGAAGCAAACGAUAAACUUUGCCGUUAUAAGGAGUGUAAUGCAGUCAACCUUAUGGCUGAUGCUUUCUUCGACUACUAUACGCACAGAGAUACUGUGGUGGAUAAUGCAUGGUCCAUCGUUAACGCGGCCGUCCUGAACGGAGGAAUUGCAAGAGAUUCAAUUGAACAGACACCAAAUCUAACUCUAGGUGAUGUGCUUGGUGCCAUGCCGUAUGACAGUGAUCUGGUCAUCAUGAACAUGACCGGUGCUGACCUCUUGAAUAUGUUUGAGUUCGGAGUGACCAAUUUUACCUGGCUGCCAGAUUUGAAUGGUCGGUUUCUGCAAGGCGCAGGUAUUCGUGUGGUUUACAACUUCAGUAUGCCUAGCGGGUGCCGCAUUGUGUCAUUGAGAGUACUUUGUGCCAACUGCAGCGUACCAAUAUACCAGGAAGUUAUGGAAAAUGAGACGUACAGUAUUGUGACGACCACUUUUAUAGCAAACGGAGGCGAUGGUUUCAAAUUUGGCCAAUCGGUUAAAUGGAAGACUGAAGGAGUGAGCGCAACGGACGCGUUACUGGCUUAUAUAAAAAAGUCCUCACCUUUGAAAACCCCAGAAGAGGGUCGCAUCAUCACUUUGAACCUGCCAUCAAAGCCCGAAAAUACAACGGCCUCAUCCAUUACUGAGGUGUCAUCUACUACGGAGUUAUCGUCUCCUGUACACGCAUCAUUGAUUGCAGAAAGUUUCGUGAUGCGUCGAAAUGAAUGGAGGUCGAUGAGAAGAAAUUACCUUUGGUGAUGGGCAC